ACAGUAAAUUGCUUUUUUUUUCAAUUUUUCUGUGCCCAUUCCGAUUCAGAUGAAAUUGUCCUGAUGCGAGUGCGUGUCGGGCGUAUGUGGUGCUCUAUAUUUCGAUAUUUCCGUAUAACACUGUGGUUUUAAAAUGCUCUAAAAUUGAUUGGGGACGUUGUUUAGUGUUUGUUUUCAAAUUGAGCGAUGGCUUUGGGCAACGGUAGUGCCCCAAAUGGGGCGAUUAAUAGCGAAAAGGCGCCGGUUGUCAACGGGACUAAUAUGGAAACCCUGCCUAGGACUGGGAAACAGACUGACCCAAAUACCGCUUUUCUGAGAGCUGCACGGGCUGGACAGCUUGACAAAAUCCAGGAAUAUCUUGAUUCUGGCACAGUAAGGGAUAUCAACACGUCUAAUGCGAAUGGUCUAAAUGCCCUUCACUUAGCAGCUAAAGACGGGCAUUUGGAGAUAGCUAGGGAACUGUUAAAGCGAGGAGCAGUAGUAGAUGCAGCUACAAAAAAAGGCAAUACAGCCUUGCACAUAGCUUCUCUUGCUGGUCAAGAAGAGGUAGUCAGACUACUUGUGCAACAAGGUGCUUCCCUAAACGUCCAAUCACAAAAUGGAUUUACACCACUAUACAUGGCGGCCCAGGAAAAUCACGACGGGGUGGUGCGGUAUUUGCUGUCUAAAGGUGCUAAUCAGACCUUGGCUACAGAGGACGGAUUUACACCGUUGGCGGUAGCAAUGCAACAAGGUCACGACAAAGUGGUAGCUGUAUUGCUAGAAAACGACACAAGAGGAAAAGUACGAUUGCCUGCACUUCAUAUUGCAGCCAAAAAGGAUGACGUGAAGGCUGCGGCAUUGCUCCUACAAAACGAGCAUAAUCCCGAUGUAACAUCCAAGAGCGGUUUUACGCCGCUUCAUAUCGCGUCUCAUUACGGAAACGAUAAAGUUGCUUCUUUACUAUAUGAUAAGGGUGCCAACGUGAACUACACUGCUAAGCACAACAUCACUCCUCUUCAUGUGGCAAGUAAAUGGGGUAAAAUUAAUAUGGUCACGCUUCUAGUGGCAAAAGGAGCGGAUAUCCAAGCGAAAACUAGAGAUGGACUUACUCCACUUCAUUGCGCUGCCCGAAGUGGGCACGAUCAAGUGGUAGACAUGUUAUUAGAGAAUGGAGCUCCUAUACAUGCGAAAACAAAGAACGGUCUGGCUCCUCUACACAUGGCCGCGCAAGGCGAACACGUGGACGCGGCGCGGAGUCUUCUCUACCACGGCGCGCCGGUAGAUGACGUCACAGUCGACUAUUUGACGGCUUUACAUGUGGCCGCGCAUUGUGGUCACGUGCGCGUGGCUAAACUGCUAUUGGAACGCGGCGCAGACGUCAACUCACGAGCCCUAAAUGGGUUCACGCCUUUACACAUCGCUUGUAAAAAAAAUAGACUUAAGAUGGUGGAGCUCUUAAUUAAGCAUGGAGGCAGCAUUGGUGCUACUACGGAGAGUGGUCUCACUCCACUACAUGUAGCCAGUUUUAUGGGCUGCAUGAACAUUGUGAUAUAUCUUUUACAACAUGAUGCUAACCCUGAUAUUCCUACUAUAAGAGGUGAAACGCCCCUUCACUUAGCUGCCAGAGCCAAUCAGACCGAUAUAAUAAGAAUCCUGUUACGUAAUGGUGCAAGCGUUGACGCUAAGGCGCGCGAAGAACAAACGCCACUUCACGUGGCCUCUCGACUUGGUAACGUUGAUAUCGUUAUGUUACUGUUGCAACAUGGUGCUGUUGUGAGUGCAACUACUAAGGAUUUAUAUACUCCAUUGCAUAUAGCUGCCAAAGAAGGACAAGAAGAGGUCGCUUCGGUUUUAUUGGAUAACGGCGCUGACUUGAGCGCCACGACCAAAAAAGGUUUUACCCCCCUGCAUUUGGCAGCCAAAUAUGGACAUCUUAACGUGGCUAGAUUGUUAUUGCAGCGCGACGCUCCCGCUAAUGCUCAAGGUAAAAAUGGGGUUUCGCCUCUUCACGUUGCCGCUCAUUACGAUCAUCAACCAGUGGCGUUGCUUCUGUUGGAUAAAGGAGCUUCGCCACAUGCGGCUGCUAAAAAUGGACACACUCCACUUCAUAUAGCUGCUCGAAAAAAUCAAAUGGACAUAGCGACGACAUUACUUGAAUAUGGGGCUCAGGGAGACUCUGAAUCCAAGUCCGGUUUUACUCCGCUACAUUUAAGCGCCCAGGAAGGACACUCCGAUAUGUCGUCUUUACUUUUGGAGCAUCAAGCGGAUCCAAAUCACGCCUCAAAGAAUGGACUUACUCCGCUACACUUGUGUGCUCAAGAAGACAGAGUUGCAGUGGCUCAAUUGUUACUUAGGGCGGGAGCUAAAAAAGAUGCUCAGACAAAAAGCGGGUACACUCCCUUACACGUGGCUUGCCAUCACGGCCACGUGAAUAUGGUUAGGUUAUUAAUUGAACAAGGAGCGGACGUAAAUCCGGUUACGGGCGACGGAUAUACUCCUUUGCAUCAAGCCGCCCAACAGGGACAUGUGUUGGUGAUUAGCCUUUUGCUUAAAAAUAAAGCUGAUCCUAAUGCAGUUACUCAGAUUGGGCAAACUGCUCUCGGUAUUGCUAACAAACUGGGCUACAUCAGCGUGGUGGAAGAACUUAAAAUAGUAACAGAAACCACCAUAAAUACCACGACAACAAUGAACAUUGAGGAGAAAUAUAAGGUUGUAGCGCCCGAGGCUAUGCAAGAGACUUUCAUGUCGGAUUCAGAGGAUGAAGGUGGCGGAAUGGAUGAGCCGCCAGUGGCCUACGGUCGGCCGGCGCAUGCGCAGCACGUUUAUCUGCCCUUCUAUCAAGGACAAAUGACAUACACACGUGACGAUCCGAUUUUGGGCGACCAACAGCAAUAUAAAUACAUGACUGUGGACGAUAUGAAAUCCUUGGGUGACGAUUCCAUGAGAAUGGACGUCACGCAUGACGAGAAAAGCGAAUACAAUCGAAAUUCCAUGGCCCCAUCUUACAUAAGCAGCGAAUUAAUAAUUCAGCCGCAACAUGCUAAAGAAUAUUAUUCACAGCCCGAUAAUGUUGAUAUUAACCGUCAACCUGUUACAGCUGGCUCGUGCUUCUCGGACGGUACCACCUGGGUGGCGGUAGACCGAUAUCUGGCCCUAGAGUUGGGUGCAACCCCUCAAUGCCACCUGGUGACAGGCCUGUGCAGACAAAGCUUUCUGGUAUCCUUCCUGGUGGACGCAAGAGGAGGCGCAAUGCGUGGUUGCCGCCACUCGGGGGUUCGCGUUAUAGUUCCUCCCAGAUGUGCCCAAUCUCCUACGAGAGUAACCUGUAGGUAUGUCAGACCGCAUCGGGCUCCUCACCCGCCGCCAUUGAUGGAGGGAGAGGCUUUGGCUAGUAGGUUGUUGGAGUUGGGCCCAGUUGGAGCAAAAUUUUUGGGUCCGGUCAUAAUCGAAGUGCCACACUUUGCCUCACUUCGUGGAAAACAUCGCGAAAUUGUAGUUUUAAGGUCGGAGAAUGGGGAAACGUGGAAGGAACAUACUUUAGAAGCCAACGAAGAAGCGGUCCAAGACGUAUUGAACCAUAGCUUUGAUGGUGAAGAAUUGAGUCAAUUAGAAGACCUUCACACUAGCCGCAUCACCAGAAUUCUCACCAACGAUUUUCCCAAUUACUUUGCUGUGGUAUCAAGAAUUAGACAAGAAAUCCACGCCAUUGGUCCAGAUGGCGGUACAGUGUCCAGUUCUGCUGUCCCCUUAGUGCAGGCGGUGUUUCCUCCAAAUGCUCUGACAAAAAAAAUCAGGGUCGGAUUGCAGGCUCAAGCGAUAGAACCAGAGCUUGUAUCCAAACUUCUCGGUAACAGCGUGGCCGUUUCACCAAUAGUUACUGUAGAACCUCGUAGACGUAAAUUCCAUAAAGCAAUAAUGCUUAGCAUGCCUGCUCCUAAGGCGCACUCCCAAGGAAUGAUCAACCAAUAUCAAGGAGCGUCCAGUACCACUUUACGGUUGCUCUGUUCCAUCACUGGUGGUCAAAGCAAGGCAAUAUGGGAGGACGUUACCGGAUCCACGCCCUUGACUUUCGUGAAAGAAUGCGUUUCUUUCACUACAACGGUGUCGGCAAGGUUUUGGUUGAUGGACUGUAGGAAUGUGGCUGAUGCAGCAAAAAUGGCUACUGAACUGUAUAAUCAGGCUGCCCACGUACCAUUUGUGGCUAAAUUUGUCGUUUUUGCUAAAAGAAUAAGCCAAUUAGAAGCCAGAGUUCGAGUUUUCUGUAUGACCGACGAUAAAGAAGAUAAAACUCUAGAACAUCAGGAACAUUUCACCGAAAUAGCAAAGAGCAGGGAUAUUGAAGUCUUAGAAGGUAAAGAUAUUUUUAUGGAGUUCGCGGGAAAUUUAGUUCCAGUCCUACAAUCAAACGAUCAACCAAAAUUAGGUUUUAAAGCUUUCAAGGAAAAUAGAUGUGCUUUUAAUAUGAGAUUAAGGGACCAUGACGAAGAUCCCAUUGGCCGGAUAAUCUUUAUGGCAGAACCAAAAACUGGACGGUCCGGAUAUAGCCAGAGCAAUCCACUUUGCACUCUUAAUCUCGUCUUUCCUAAAGAUGUUGUCCCUGAUAGGGACUCACAUUCAGACUUACUUUCCAUUAAUAAGGACCACAGCUAUUUACAUCAUGGAGGAAUCAGUAAACCCGACACCAUACAUCGUGCCGACUUCCGUCUCUCGGACAUCUGCAACCUCCUGGACGAAGACUGGCAAAAGUUGGCCCUAGAACUGGGAGUAGCUCCCUCGGACAUCGCCCUAAUAAAGGAAGAAUAUCCGGAAAACCAGCCACAGCAGGCGAUGAUCAUGUUCCGUUUGUGGCUGAGACAGAGGCCCCAAAACGCUACCGGCAAUCAGCUGGAACGCGCCUUAGAUAAAAUAGGGCGACAGGAUAUUGUGGAUAAGUGCAUUUUCAAUGUUGAAAUGGUGACGGACGAUAUGGAAAAAGCCUUGGCAAAGAUUCAUUUGGAUCAAUCAGGUUUUGACAACCUAAAAGACGAACUAGGACCGUCAAGAGAUACUUCCUUAAGGAGGGAUGCCCAUUUAGAUCGGUCAUAUCUGGGAAGUGAAGAGAAGUUGGAUAAAAGUGAACGAAGUGACGAUACCCAAACACCUAAGGACCAAUCAUUAAACACCACCCAACCAAACCAAACUAGAGAAGAAAUUUUAGAAGAAUUAACGCAACAAUUCGACAGUCUGCAAACCGAGCGAGUACCUAAUUCCUUUGGGGCCACUCCUCCUUCUACUCCUACUGAAAUAAUUUCUAAAAAUGAUGCAGAAUUCAACCUUACUACUGCAGAAGUGAAUGAAGUUGAAAGAUCAGGAACCCCAAAACCGACCGAAUCGACUGAAGAAACACCAGCAUUUACCUCGACGCCGAACAAACGACCAGACGUAGACCCUAUAGAAAUUCUCAAAAAGAACGUCAACGAUACCUUAACUUUCUUACAUCAAGAACGCAACGAUUUUCUUCCGUUGGAAGACUGCGACAUUCCUCCUAGAAAAAAUGAUCACAUUUCCAGCCAAAUCGAUUUAGAAUACAUCAGUUUAAAGACCCCCAAAAAGAAUCAAGAACCUAGUUUAGCUGAAAAAGAACAAACGGAAAAAAUUAACAGUUUAGAUGCUGUAGAUGAUUUUGUUGACGAUCGAGAAGAAACACCAAUGAAAACAACAAACAGUAUAGAUAAUGUAGGUGAUUUCGUUAACGAUCGAGAAGAAACACCAGUAAAAACUAUUCGUUUCGAGAUUACUGACGAUCAAAGAAACGAUACUAAAUUCGUAACUUUAACCGAUUCUUCUGAAGCAAAAGAAUCCGACAACAAUAUACGAAACUUAGCAGAGAAAGAAAUUCACUCGCUGAUCGUCGAAGCCGAAAAUGUGGUUUACGAUAUGCGGCAAAACGCACAAGAUAAAAACGCAGAGGAACCGGCCGAGGACUCCCUGGAUAACCUUGAGAGUCUCAAGGACGACUCGCUGCAAGAAAAGAGUGAGGAGGUAUUUAGAUUCCUCGACAAUGAGGCUUCAAGUCCGUUAUUGUUAAAAUCUCAGGAUGAGUUUCAUAUUCAAAAAGAGGCGGAGGUUGGAAGUGAAGAGUCUAGUAUAUCUGAGUCUCAUACAGCAGGAUCAGUAAGUCCCGUGAAGAGCUCUAUCCCGUUGUCGAAGGGAAGGAAAGGGAAGGAUAAGAGAAGAAAAGGAAAGAGCAGUAGGAGUGAGGAAGAAAGAAAUCAAACCUGGGAAACAGAACCCAAAUCUCUCGCCGAAGACGAACUUUCUAGCAAAAUUCCAAUCAGCAAAUCGACCAAAGUAAAAACGAUAAAAAAACACUCCAAAGACCCUUUAAAAGAGUUCGCCAACAUUUCAAAAGACAUCGACUGGGAAAAGGAUGAUGAAGCGACCGUCACCACUAAAAUAAUAAAAACGGUAACCACUAGCGACCCGAUCGUAAAAACUACCAUCACGAGAAUAACCCCGGAAAAAUCGAAAAUUACCAAUCGCGAGACCAAAAGCCCCGACUCUGCUACAAAAGAUCACGAAAAGAGCAAAAUUCCGGUGUUAAAAACUGAAUCGUUGGUGAUAGCCGCACAGAAAGAUCAUAACGAGUCAGAUUCUGAGGAGGAAUCGCAGAGGUCUCCCCCGUUAAAGGGGAUAUUAAAGAAACCCGCUCAGCAUGAAGGGAUGAUCGCCAACCCUAUUGGGAGCUCUAGUGGAUCCGAUAUAGCGUUGCACGAAGAAGGAGCUGAGCUUAGUUCAGAUUCAGAGGAUUUUUACCAUCAGGAACCUCAGUAUACUGAAACCACCGUGGAAGAGGUCGAUCCUAUAUCAGGAGCUAAAAUUACCAGGACUGUUAGAACAUUAAUCACUCACUCUGUGGUUUCACCUACCGAAUCUGACCUCAGACAAACCAUGCAAAACGUCUUGGACCAAUUUAUGUCAGAGGAAAGAAAUCCGCGUUAAAAAAAUUACAAAAAAUUUCUUUUUAAAGGUUAUCAAAACCAUAGUUGUACUUGAGCGUUCCAGUAUUUUUUUUUGUAGUUUUUACGAUAUACAUACUAUAUGUUUAUUUAUAUUUUCAUUUUUGUUUGGUGCGAGUCAUUUUUAUAUAUCUAAAAAAUACUUUUUAAAAGUUAACUUUUUGCCAAUAAUAUUUAUAUAAAAUAUAAGUAAAUAAUAAUAUAAGGAAUAAAAUAUUUAUUAAAAAUUAUUAAAUUUAUUAGUGCCUGAACUUAUGCUUGAAAUUUCCAAAAAUAAUUGUCACUUUUUCAUAAUUUUCUUGUCUAAGUGUAAGAGUUAUUGACACUAUAGAAAUAAUUAUAUUAAGUUAUAAAUAAAAAGUUGUUGCUUCGUAUAUUAUAAAUAUAUAUAUAUAAAAAUUAUUAUAUUAUAACUUAAAAAGUUGUUUUUUGGAAAUAAUUAAGUAUUAAUAAUAAAACAGUGGUGUACAGUUUACCGUUUU